AUGUCUGUAACGACUAUUAACGAUCCAUAUCUGCUUACUCUGGCCACCUUCUUAAAACAAACGCUUGAUCCUAAUACAAGCCAGCAAGCUGAAAAGGAGCUGUUCAAGGCAGAAGCUGAACAAAAAGACUUUCCUAUUGCUGUUAUGCAACUGGUCACGAGAGAAAAUACUGAACAAAGUGUUCGGUUUGCAGCGUCAUUACUUUUUAAGAACUAUAUAAGAAGAAACUGGGCGCAAGAAGACGAGAUAAAACUUACUUCAGAAAUAAGAACAGUAAUAAAAGAAAGUCUAGUAGAUAUUCUGAUAUCUGUACCGUCGAAUAUACAAAUUCAACUAAGUGAAGCUGUGACUUUAAUUGCUGAAAACGAUUUCCCCAAACAAUGGCCAACUUUGAUUACGCAACUAACUAGUAAAUUUAGCCCAGAGGACUUUGUCAGAAAUAACUCUGUUCUACAAACUGCUCAUUCGAUAUUCAAAAGAUAUAAAUCUGAAUUUCGAACAGAUCCUUUGUAUAAUGAAAUCAAUUUUGUCCUGGAUCAAUUUGUUCAACCUUAUUGGCAACUUUUACAGGCUACCGAUAUAUUGAUCACGCAAAAUGUCAACAAUAAGCCACAACUUCAAAUUCUUUCACAAACUUUGCUUCUCUUAUUGAAAUUAUUUUAUGAUCUUAAUUGGCAAGAUCUUCCUCCAUUUUUCGAGGAUAAUGCGGAAGAAUGCAUGUCAUUUUUACAUAAAUAUUUAAUUUAUAGUAAUCCUCUUUUGAAUUCCACGAAUGAUGAAGAAGCUGGUUCAUUGGAAAAAGUGAAAGCUAUUACAUGUGAAAUUUGCGCUUUAUAUGCCACAAAAUAUGAAGAAGUAUUUACAAUGUUGCCAACGUUUGUGGAAACUGUGUGGACACUCUUAACAACCACAGGUUUGGAAUCGAAGUAUGACAUUCUUGUCAGCAAAGCUAUGGCAUUUUUAUCUAAAGUUGUCAAGCUGGAACGCUAUAGUGGUCUAUUUGCGAAGCGUGAUGUUCUCACCCAAUUUUGCGAAAAGAUUAUUUUACCAAACAUGUAUUUUAGACCUAUUGAUGAAGAAUUAUUUGAUUACGAUCCUAUUGAAUUUAUUAGAAGAGAUUUGGAGGGUUCAGACAGUGAUACUCGAAGACGAGCUGCGUCAGAUUUUGUCCGCAGUUUGAUGACAUAUUUCCAAAAAGACAUAACGAAUAUCAUUUGGACAUAUAUUAAUAAAUACCUACAGCGUUAUACCGAAGAUCAACGUAAUUGGAAAGAUAAAGAUGCAGCAAUAUAUUUAUUAACUUCAAUAGCUGCCCCCGGAUCUACAACAAAACAUGGUAUCACAGCGGUUAAUGAAGAUGUUGACGUAGUUGGGUUUUUCUCGGAAAAUGUAUUAGAAGACUUACAAACAGCGGUUGUCAGUGGUCAACCAGUGUUAAAAGUUGAUGCUAUAAAAUAUGUAUAUACUUUCCGUAAUCAGAUGACUAGGCAGCAAUUAAUUUCUGUGUUUCCAUUGUUGGUCAAACAUUUGUCAUCUUCCAACUAUGUUGUUCAUACAUAUUCUGCAAUUUCAAUUGAGCGACUUUUAUUCAUGCGUAAAGAUAAUGUUAUGUUAUUUUCUAAGACUGAUAUCAAGCCAUAUACGCAAGAUUUACUUAUUAAUUUGUUUAGGUUGAUUGAGGCUGGUACUACUCCUGAAACAUUGGCCGAGAAUGAUUAUCUUAUGAAAGCUGUUAUGCGUGUCAUUUUUACUUGUCGUGAUGAUAUGUCACAGUAUGUUACAGAAAUUAUGGGUCAUUUGAAUAAGAUCUUAGUUGAAAUUAGCAGGAAUCCGAGUAAUCCACGCUUUAAUCAUUAUGUUUUUGAAUCAUUUGGUGCUUUGGUGAGAUUUAAUUGUCAAAACAAUCCUGAUGCAUUGACAACUUUCGAAAAUAUGUUAUUCGGCCCAUUCCAGAUGAUUCUGCAGCAAGAUGUAGUUGAAUUUGUACCAUAUGUCUUCCAGAUUUUUUCACAACUCCUUGAAUAUCAUACGGAACCUGUGUUCCCAGAAACAUAUAGAUCUAUGUUACCAGCUUUAUUGACUCCUGCUAUUUGGGAGAAUGCCGGUAAUAUCCCCGCAUUGAUUAGACUACUUCAUGCAUAUAUUUAUCGCGACUCGAGCUCAAUAGUCGCAAAUAAUCAGCUAGAACCUAUUCUUGGUAUCUUUCAAAAACUGAUAGCUUCGAAAGCGAAUGAUAAAUAUGGAAUCGAUUUAUUGUGUUCUAUUGUCCAAUAUAUACCUACGGAAACACUUAAUAAAUAUUUAACGGCAAUCAUAACACUUUUGUUAACAAGAAUGCAUCAUAGUAGAACAGACAGAUACACGCUAAGUUUUGUGUAUUUCAUGUGCUUCUUCCUUGCAAUAGAAAAGGAAGACGUUAAUCCAGAUUACGUCAUCAAUGUUUUUGAUUCUAUACAAAGAAAAUUAUUCAUCGAGGUCUUAAAUGCAUUUAUCAUUCCUGAAAUGCAAAAAAUUCAAGACUACACGGAAAAAAAGAUUUGCGCAAUAGCUAUGACACGUCUCUUGACUCAGAGUGAAAAAAUAUUAAUGGAUGACUACAUCUCAGUAUGGCCCAAUGUUUUAACAGCAUUGAUUAAGUUAUUUGAAGCUCCAACUGAAAUUAAAAAAAGUUAUGAUGAAGAAGAAGAAUUAUUAACUUAUGAUUUUGAAGAAGAAAGACAAUUUCAAAGUGCUUUUGCUAGAUUAACGUCUACGGGAAAAUUAAACCGUGAUCCAACUGAAAAAAUCGAAGAUCCCAAACUUUUUCUUGCCCAUUCACUUCAAGCAUUGAGCCAGAGGUAUCCUGGGAAGAUCAACGAGAUGAUAUCAUCGAAACUUCAACCAGAAUGUACAAAUCAUUUGGUUCAAUACAUGAAUUUAGCGAAUCCAGCGAAUCCAGGUGGCGUUGAAUAA